AUGUCCACCGCGCUCGGGCUGUUCGUUCUGCUGAUGCUGGGGGGUCUGGGGGGGGCGGCGUCCCAGGUCCAGAUCUACGGGAAGUCGGUGUACGGCGGAAUGAAGAGCGGCUACGUGGGCAGGCCGGGCUCGGGAGGGCAUCUGACGCGCACUCCGAGCAAAAACACGAUCCACCGGAGUCUGGACCUGGAGGCGUUCAACCUCCACGUGACGCCCACGUCCAGCAGGAUCAGCCUGCCCACCGUCAUCCGCCUGUACCCGCCCACCGCCAAACCCCUGCACCUGCACGCCAACAUGCCGCUGCGCUUCGGACGCGCCAACGGCCCCGCCCACGACGGCUCCACCAACCCCAACAUGCCCCUCCGCUUCGGCAGGAACAGCGACCCCGCCCGCCACCAGCCCGCCAACCCCAACAUGCCGCUGCGCUUCGGCCGGGACAGCGACGCCGACCCCGACGCGACCGACCCCGACCGCGACCCGACCGCGCCGCGCCGAGGUUCGUGCGGGAGAGCGAUUCCACGUCGGGAAACACCCCCACGAUGCCCCAGAGGUUCGGCCGGGCGGGUCUGA